GGUUGCUCCGCUUUUCACCCCUUGGCCCUUUGCCAUGGCGCGCAGAGAGCGGCGCGCCAAGCGGAUGGCAGAUUGGUAUGGACUUGCCGUGGAAGGUGAGCGCGGCGCUGCGGCAAAGAAGCAGUGUGUUGCGCGAGCCGAAGAGGUCGCUGAGAAGCUUCCUCCAGGAGCUGCGAAAGGUCUGCAAAAUGCAGCACCUUCAGGCCCGGAAGGCAUUGAUCCAAUAACCAUGGAGCGGCUUCUGAGCCAGGUGCAAAAAGGUGGUCCUUCGGUACAAAACGAAGCGCUCGUCGCAGUGACAGGCCUUCCGCCACAGCAUGCGGCAAAGCUCUUGGAGUUUGCCCUUGAGAAGUCCAAGGAGCUACGGGACCCGUCGAUGUAUAUGGUGUCCACGGUGGCAAGGGGCUUCAAGCCCAGAUGGCGCGAAAUGGUGGAGGCCUCUGUCCCUUCCAAAGGAUGGUUCGACGCGUUGCAAAGACGCAAGGAAAAGGCGUACAACUUGAGCUGGCGCAAGAUCGAAAGCCGCACAAAGCCAGGAGUGUUCUACUGGGAGAAUUUUCACACAGGCCAGAGAUCAGUGGACGACCCGCGACGUCCGGUUUCUCCUUCCCCUGUGCCCUCAACCAACGACAUGGCGCUGGUCUUCGAACUGGUGAAAGGGCAGACUCUCCACGACUGGCUCAAAGGGCAGCCUCAUCCCAUUUCCUGCGACGCAGGAAAGGUCAAUAUCCUACGUGAUAUCUCGCUGGCUCUGAGAUAUAUGCAUCAACAGGACAAGACUCUGGUGCAUGGCGACUUGAAACCUACGAAUGUGUUCGUGGAAGAUAACUUAGAGACGCGAGCCAAGUUGGGAGACUUUGGCUUGUCCAGGUUUCUCUACAAGACAGAGCAAGCCAUGGGUGGAUCCCUUCGCUGGAUGGCUCCGGAGAUUGCCACCGGCCACGAUCGGUCGCCGUCUUGUGCUGCCGACGUCUUUUCUUUGGGUGCACUCCUCAGCUUUACUCUAACUGAUGUGAAGCCCUUCGAGGGCGUGGAUCGGAAUCAGAUCUUGAAGAUGAUGUGUCGAGGAUCAGUACCUGCGCUAACCUGGCCGAGCACGGAGGAGGAUGAAUGUGUUUUGCGGAUCGCUCUCUUGGGCGACUCCUGCUACAGCAUGAACCCGGUGAAGAGGCCCGACAUCAUGCAAGUGUUGGAGGUGCUUGAAAUGUGCCGCGGACUGGGUGCUGAAGUGGAAGGUCCACUGCUUGUGUAGACGCAGACGUCCUGAUCCUCAUGGAUGGUGCGAGCAGCGCAGGGAAGGAACAUUGAUCCCAAAGAGGGGCCUUCGAUGAAACUGGCUUCUGAUAGUGACACUCGAUUGUGGUCCCAAUGGCUGAGCCAGAUGGCUCAUUCUGGCCACACGUCGAUGUUCCUGGUGGAGAUUUGAGAAAACCUCAAGUCUAUCUUUGGCUUCCACUCAGACCGUUUUCGUGAAUUUCC